AUGGACCAAGAGGGACACCAGACCACAGCUGGACACUGUGCUCCAUGCCCAGAGAGGGUGUCCUUUAUGCACUGGGGUCUACCCAUCCUGAGGUCUGCCGCAAUUUUGUCAGCCUGCCUGCUCUUGACCUGGAUAGACUGAGAGAAGCCAGGGUUGUCGUAGACAAAGCUGUCAAGAUGCAUAAGGUGUUCUCGAUCCAGGGCAGGUAUCCUGUUAUCAGGGAAGGGCUGAGGGCUAGAGGCUGGGUUGAGCGGUGUAUGGUCUACUCUAAGCGCCGAGUGCGUCGCCAUCAGAGCAGUAGGAACAGAACCGACUCGAAUUAUGCUGUGUGUAGUGAUAGAGAUGAUGACAACUCAAAUGAUGCUGAAAAAGAAAAAGAUGCUGACAGACUUCACAAUGUCAUGUCUCGCCUGGUGUGGAAUGAAAUGGUUUACUUCUACUGGACAAACCGCAGAAAGGCCAUCAACACAAAAAACCUGCAUAAGGAACAGAUAACUAAUCAUUUUUCAAAGGCAGGCAACUUGACCACCAAGACAGGCUUGUGUUUGAAUCUGAGGAAACUACAUUGGUUUGAUUCGGCUGACCCAGACACCUUCUUCCCCCGCUGUUACAGACUAGCAGCACUAGAUGAGAGGCAUGCCUUCAUUGAUGACUACAGGAGGACUGCGUGCACCAGUCUUCUGAAGUACAUUGUGGAGAAGGACCAAUAUGUUCAGGGAGAGAGAAUAAGUCACACCAUACAAGCUGUUAAGGGUAAGAAGAAACCAAGCAAACGGCAGUCUAGCCCAGUGAAUAUUUCCCAAACGAUCAACAAGGCACUCAAAGUUUGCUAGGACUUUCUGCAGAGUCUGGAGCACAGUGACAUAGACACUAACUUAGAAACACAGCAAACACCCGGACAGGAGUGGGCAGAGUUUUUAGACAGUUACUAUCUAGUUGUGCAUGGUGGAGCAGAGAUUGAUAGCAGUGAUUAUUUAGUGAUCCACUGCAAGGCUAUGCUGCAGAGGAUGAAGAUAGUCAAUCCCCAGCUGGAGAUAGAAGGCAUUCAUAACAUCUGGAUCAUCAAACCUGGAGCAAAGUCCAGAGGCAGAGGGAUCAAAUGUGCUAAUCGUCUUGACCAGAUCCUCGACCUGGUGAAGGGUGAUCCAAAACUUAUCAAGGAAAACAAAUGGGUGGUACAGAAGUACCUGGAGCGCCCCUUCCUUAUCCAUGACACCAAGUUUGAUGUGCGCCAGUGGUUUCUGGUCACCGACUGGAAUCCUCUGACCGUGUGGUUCUACAAAAAGUGCUACUUACGCUUUUCCACACAGCCUUACACGCUAGAUUCAAUGGACAGCUCCAUGCACUUGUGUAAUAACUCCAUUCAGAAGAGCUUGAGGCCCUUGCUACAGCGGCACGGAAGCAUUCCAGUGGACAAUAUGUGGUCGGUUGACCAGUUCAAGACUUUUCUGUGCACCAAGGACCGGGAAGCUCAGUGGGAUACUGUAGUCGUUCCAGGAAUGAAGAGAGCUCUCAUCUAUGCGUUACAGACAGCACAGGAUCUGAUAGAGUCACACAAAAACACAUUUGAGCUCUAUGGUGCUGAUUUCAUGUUAGAUCGUGACUUGCAUCCGUGGUUAUUAGAAAUCAAUUCUAGUCCCACCAUGGCUCCAUCAACCCCUGUGACAGCCCAUCUCUGUGCUGCAGUGCAGGAGGACACUUUACGAGUUGUUCUGGAUCGGAGAGUUAAGCGCACAGCAAACACAGGAGACUUCCAGCUCAUAUAUAAAAAGGCAGCUGUGAAAGUUCCUCAGUAUGUCCCUCAACACCUGCAUGUUGAGGGAUUCCUAGUUAAAUGCCCCUACUCGCUUCCUCCCCUGAAGUCCUCCAGCUGUGCAGUGCCAAAACACCGUUCCCCAUCAAAGACAAGAGUCCCUCAGCAGAAAAAGUAAAGUCUCUUCCUAAGAUACCAUUAAAGGAUGUAGCUCACAAACACCAACUGUGGGUUUCUGCCACCUCCUCGUCUUCUUUCUCUCACCCUAUGAUGGUAACUCAACAAUGUCUGACAACAGAAGAGAUGUGUAACAUCUAAUAAGAUAACAUUGUGGAAACUAGAUAAACGAUUUCAUUUUAGUGGUGAUUUUGCAUUAAUUACAGUUUUAUAUAUAGAAAGCCCAAAAUAAUCAUGAAAAGGUCAGAAAAGAAGCAUGAGGGAUUAAAAUAUACCAACAGCGAUCAGGACUGAAAGAACUGGGAUCGCUUUUGACAUUGACAUUGAGACUCGCUAAUGAAUUCCUCAAACAGAAGAUAAACAGAAUGGAGAAGCUGUCAGUAACGACAGUGAACAGGUGGCGGCGAUCAUGCACAGCUCAACGGUACUGUAAGGGAAGUCCACGCGAAGAAGACACAUGAGCGCGCCUAGGUUGUACUAGAUUGGAUCAGCGGGGAACUCUAUUGUGUUG